CACUGUCCAGCAGACCGGAGGAAAUAAGUUCUCUUGGUCUGUGUUUUCUAUCUCCGAUUCCAUGAUGGUGCUCUUAAGGCUGUGUGUGCUGGCGGUGGUCUUUUACGCUCAGAUGGACACCGCUGUGUCUGCUCCCAGCGAGGACAGGACUGUGUGGUCCAUGGAGAACUGGCAGGAUGACCCGGAGGACAGCGGCUUAACUCUGCACUUCACUGACCUGCUGAAGCGCUCCAAAUCACAGCAGUUCCACGGGUUAAUGGGCCGGAGCUCAGGACUGUCUCAGCCUCAACGACUCGGUAGGAAAAGAAAUAAAGGAGAGAUGUUUGUUGGACUGAUGGGGAGAAGAUCAUCAAAUGGAGACACUCAAGAAGAACUGGAGAAACCGCAGUCAUACUAUGCAGAUCACAUUAACAGUUAAUUUGGUUUGAUGACUUCAUUAUUUUUUAUUAUUGUCUAAAUUCUACAUUUAAAUGGGAAAUCAAUCAGUGCCAUGACAGACCACUUUCACUAAGACUUUAAAAUGCAGUGAAAAUUGACCACUUUUAUAAUAAGAGAAGAUUCACCUGUGACGUGUCCAGCUGUUUGAGAUUCAAUGACAUUCAGAAUGAACUCCAGCUGUUCAAACAAGCCUUUUUUUAAUGUUGAAUGAGAAGCGUUACAGAGUUAACAAUGGUUUAAUUAUAAACAAACAAAUAAAUAAAUGCACUGACAUCUGA